GAGGCAUCAGUCAUCCUGUGAACACCAUCGAGUGAUCAUCUAUUCUGCUGCUUAUCCUGUGUCCCACUUCUUCAGUUUUUGCGCUACACAAUGGCCGCUCACGGAAUCACAUUCGCCGCCCUCCUACUAGCCAUGGCUGCCCUCACGCACGCAGCUGACACCACCCACAAGGAGGACGCACGACUUUUCUACGACGACAACGACACCUCUCUCACCAUCGGCGCCGAGAGCCUCUUCUAUAUCGGGGUCAUCUUCGUCGGCAUACUCUUGUUCUCGUCUUUCCUGGGGCUCUUCGGGACAUCGGCCAAGACUGCUCAGCCCUACGACUACGCCCCCGCUACCGCUUACGGUGCCCCUGCCCCAGCAUACGAUGAAAAGACUACCUUCUCUGUCCAGCAAUUCAUUGAGGAUGCUGUCAACAAAUUCCAGUAGAAACCGCGAGCAUAAAUAUUCGUGAAUCGAAUAUGUUUACAGAAGGAAGACCCUGUUAUGAAAAUUAUUUAUUCUCACAAUAUAUUUUCAAUUUCUGUAAUUUUUUCUCCUGGUCGUCACAGAAAACAGAACAUGUGAUUAAUGUGACGAGCUUUUUUUUACUAUAUUCUAUCUAAUUUAUGCUGUAAAUAAAUUGUUUUGUUUA